CUCCUUCGGCACUCCGCUUCUCCCGGUACCCCUCUCCCAAGUCCGUGGCUCAUUCCCGGCUGUACCGCCUUGCUUUAGAGGGAGCUUGCGCGUUUGCGUCUGGGCUUUGGAGCUCUUUGUGGGAAGAGCCUUAGGGGUGCGCCCCUUCAGUCGGCCAGACGGUUUUCAGAAGCCCACCUGAUUCUGCUGGGUACAGCUCGCUCAUUUCCCCCGGAUCCACUCUUCACAUCCCCAGGGAAGAGAGAGCAUCAGUUCGUGCCCGGGACUCAGCCGAGGUGGGCCGCGCCCCCUGCGGCCGGCUCAGGAAUGGGGGUGUGGGAAGCAGCGGCCAAGACCCUCGGCUGGAAUCCGUGAGGACCAGUGGUCCAGCAUGCCCGGCUCACCGCAUCCCCAGGUGCAUUGACCAUGAGCCUCAACUCCUCCGUCAGCUACAGGAAGGAGCUGAGCAACCUCACUGCGGCUGAGGGUGGUGAAGGGGGUGCUGUCACCGAGCUCAUAGCCAUCAUCAUCAUCACCGUAUUCGUCUGCCUGGGCAACCUAGUCAUCGUGGUCACCUUGUACAAGAAGUCCUACCUCCUCACCCUCAGCAACAAGUUCGUCUUCAGCCUGACCUUGUCCAACUUCCUGCUGUCCGUGCUGGUGCUGCCUUUCGUGGUGACCAGCUCCAUCCGGAGGGAAUGGAUCUUCGGCGUGGUGUGGUGCAACUUCUCCGCCCUCCUCUACCUGCUCAUCAGCUCGGCCAGCAUGCUCACGCUUGGGGUCAUUGCUAUCGACCGCUAUUACGCCGUCCUGUAUCCGAUGGUGUACCCCAUGAAGAUCACAGGGAACCGAGCUGUGAUGGCCCUUGUCUACAUCUGGCUGCACUCCCUCAUUGGCUGCCUGCCGCCCCUAUUCGGCUGGUCGUCGGUGGAGUUUGAUGAGUUCAAGUGGAUGUGUGUGGCUGCGUGGCACCGGGAACCUGGCUACACCGUCUUCUGGCAGACUUGGUGUGCCCUGUUUCCCUUCCUCACCAUGCUAGUAUGCUACGGUUUCAUCUUCCGUGUGGCCAGGGUCAAGGCCCGAAAGGUACACUGUGGCACGGUGGUCAUUGUGGAGGAGGACGCCCAGAGGAGUGGGAGGAAGAAUUCCAGUACCUCCACUUCCUCUUCCGGCAGUAGGAGGAACGCCUUUCAGGGCGUGGUCUAUUCGGCUAACCAGUGCAAAGCCCUCAUCACCAUCCUGGUGGUCAUUGGCGCCUUCAUGGUCACCUGGGGCCCCUACAUGGUUGUCAUUACGUCAGAGGCGCUCUGGGGGAAGAACUGUGUCUCCCCAACCUUGGAGACUUGGGCCACAUGGCUGUCCUUUACCAGUGCCGUCUGCCACCCUCUGAUCUACGGCCUCUGGAACAAGACUGUUCGCAAAGAGCUCUUGGGCAUGUGCUUCGGGGACCGCUAUUACCGGGAACCCUUUGUGCAGCGGCAGAGGACCUCCAGGCUCUUCAGCAUUUCCAACAGGAUCACAGACUUGGGCCUGUCUCCACACCUCACGGCACUCAUGGCAGGCGGACAGCCCUUGGGACACAGCAGCAGUACGGGCGACACUGGCUUCAGCUACUCUCAGGAUUCAGGGACAGAUGUGAUGCUGCUGGAAGAUGGCACUUCUGAUGACAACCCUCCCCAGCACUGUACUUGCCCACCCAAGAGAAGGAGCUCCGUGACCUUUGAAGACGAAGUGGAGCAGAUCAAAGAGGCUGCCAAGAACUCUAUUCUUCAUGUGAAAGCUGAAGUACACAAGUCCUUGGACAGUUAUGCAGCCAGCUUGGCUAAAGCCAUUGAGGCUGAAGCCAAAAUCAACUUAUUUGGGGAGGAGGCUUUGCCAGGGGUCUUGUUCACAGCACGGACUGUCCCGGGGGCUAGCUUUGGGGGCCGUCGAGGCAGCAGGACUCUUGUGAAUCAGAGGCUGCAACUACAGAGCAUCGAGGAAGGGGAUGUCUUAGCUGCAGAGCAGAGAUGAAGGCCUCAGAGGGGACUGGGGCCACAGCGGAGCUACUGGUAAUGGUGUCUGUGCCAAGACCCCAGAAGAUGUCACCACUCAGAGAACCAGAUGCUGCCGUUAAGGAAACAUCUGGUAUGCAGCCAGGAGGACUGAAAAGUACUAUCUCCAGUCUGACUGCAGUGUCUGCUGUGAAGGCACAUAUGGUCUGCUUCAGGGCCCCUGGGAUGGAAUGAAGCUUCCAAAGCACACAGAAAAAG